AUGAUUUCCCCCAGAAUCGCCGUCAUCGGCGCCGGCCCCGCAGGCCUGACUCUCGGCGCCCUCCUCCACAAACACAGCAUCCCAUUCACCAUCUUCGAGCUGCGCCAGAAACCAACAGCUGAAGAGCUCUCAAAACCGUCCGGCAUGCUCGAUCUCCAUGAAGGAUCCGGCCUCGCAGCCAUCCGCGAAUGCGGGCUGUAUGAUGAAUUCGUCAAGCACACAGGCGAUUGUGCCGAGACGCAAAUAAUCGCUGAUAAAGAUGGUAAUAUUCUCUAUAGCGACGAUGGCAACGACAAUAACCGACCAAGGGAACGACCCGAGAUCGCCCGCCACGCUCUGUUGGCUAUUCUCGCUACCCAAGUACCACAAGAGUCCAUCAAAUGGGGCCACAAGCUCCUCUCCGCAACCACCACAACCACCAACGCCAAGACAGAGCUGGAUUUUGGCCCCCACGGCAAACAUACAUUCGACCUCGUAAUUGGCGCAGACGGCGCGUGGUCAGCCGUACGCGCUCUCCUGACGGAUAUCAGACCGCACUACGCAGGAAUCCAAAGCAUCAUACUGACCGUCGAGAACAUCAGCACGCGGUAUCCGCACCUGGCGGAGCUGAUUGGCCGCGGGAGUUUUUUGUCGCUCGGGCUGCAGCAUGGGGUGAUUACGCAUCGUGGACCGCGGGAUUCAGCGCGCGUGUAUGUCUUUCUCACGGCGGACGAGCGGUUUGGUGGCGAGGGGAAGCGAGUGGCCAGCUUAACCAAGGAGGAGCUGCUAACUGAUGAUGCCCUACUUGGGAGGUUUGGUGACUCUGUGAAGGAGUUGGUGGCUGUUGGUGUUGCGUCCGAUGAGACAGCGGACCAGCCUGCUGGAGCGGUUGCUGUUAAGCCGCUGUACAUGCUGCCCAUUGGGGCUGCGUGGGAGCACAAGCCCGGCGCGACGAUUGUCGGGGACGCAGCGCAUUUGAUGUGUCCAUGGGCUGGGGAGGGGGUUAACCUUGCGAUGUGUGAUGCGCUGUUACUGGCGAAGGUUAUUGUGCAGGCGUGGGGACCUGGGCGGGGUGUUGGCCAGUUUCAGACUGCACUGGAUCCGUUACUGAGACAGUUUGAAAAGGACAUGGUGGCGCACGCGAAGGAGAAGGCGGAGGAGACGGUUAGCAACGGACAGAUGAUGUUUGGGGAGGAUGGCGCGAAUGGUAUGGCCCAGUUCUUCUUGAGAAUGGGAGAGGGACACUGA